ACCUUUAGCCAAACCAUACUUCUUCCAAAAAUUAAAACUCUUGAAAUAAGUUUAAAUCACAAAAUAAACAAAUGAAAUGAGUUUUCUAAGACAAAAUUCGCGUUUCCUAAUAGCAGGCUUGCUUCCUUUAAGUGAUAAAGAAAAUGACAUCAUCUCCAAAGACACCCGAACCUACAAAGCCUUCCUAGAGAGGCCGCCUUCAAAAGAAACCGGCCUCGAUAGGAUUAAGGAAAUGUUUAAAGUCGAUGAAUUUGGAAGUAUAUCCCCCGAAUUAAAUGCUGUCUAUCAAGCUGGCUUCGUUGGUUUUCUGUUCGGUGGUAUCUACGGAGGAUUCAUCAACUCUCGAACAGCGUAUGAAGAUUUCAUGAAUAAUAACCAAGCUUCUGCAUUUAAAUCUCAUUUAGAUGCAAAGAGAAAACUGCAAAACGAAUUCACUGUGAGUUUUGCCAAAGGAGCCUUCAAAUGGGGCUGGCGAGUCAGUCUAUUCACAACCUCAUAUUUUGGCAUCAUAACCCUUAUUUCGGUUUACAGAGAAAAAUCGUCAAUCUAUGAGUAUCUUGCUGCUGGUGGAAUCACAGGUGGUCUUUAUAAAAUGAACAUGGGACUUAAGGGAAUGACUGCAGGAGGCAUAAUCGGUGCAGCCUUCGGAGGCAUUGCCGGACUGGCGUCGUUGGGAGUACUCAAGCUAUCCGGCACAUCAAUGGAAGAAAUUCGUUACUGGCAAUACAAGUGGCGCCUGGAGCGUGACGAUAGCGUUCGAGAAGCAUUCAAGAGUCAAAACGAGACACAACAAAUAGUGAUCAACCACGAUGCAAAUCUCGGCGAAGCUGGACAAAAGAUUUCCCUCGACGCAGUCAAUUAGGAGACAAACAAAAAUAAAAACAACCAUAUUCUUCAAUGAGAGAAUUAGAAAAUAUAUUGCUUUAUUGCUGACAAAAUAACACAAAAUAAGAAAAUACACGAACACAAAAGAGAAUAUGUAUAUAAUAUAAUAAUUGUAAAAGUAAAUCGCAGCUUGAGUUAACGGUAAGCACAAAUCCA